CUGAUAAAUCUUAACAAGCAAGCAGCCAAAUUGGAGUCACAAGUAUGCACAGUUUGCUUCAGUCUGCAACUUUUCUACCUCAGUUGGGACACAAUCCACGUCAAAUCAUGAUCUGAGCAGCAGGGUCUGUGGAGGUCGACGUGUAUUUUAUCACAGUAUGGAGAGCUGGCACAGUUUACUGCUGCUGUGCACACUAAGUUUUGUGCUGGCCCCUGGAGAGCCAAGGAAAAAUGAUGAUGACAUCGACCUUGUUAGUUUUCUGAGAAGUAUCUACCCCGGGCUGCUGGUGAGAAACCGACCGUUUGUCAUCGACCAAGACUUUGAGAUAAACUCCCUCAAGGAGCCGGGGCACCCACAGAUCCUCUCAAUCACUGAGGAAACCAAGGACAAACCAGUCAAUCAAGAUACAAAAGUGGCCUCUGGACCUUUGGUGUUAACCAAAGACGGCCACAUCAGGGGGGUUUCUGGGGAUAAAGCCCACAUAUUCUAUGGGAUACCCUAUGCAGACCCUCCGGUUGGAGCUUACCGCUGGAAGGCCCCCAGAGCUCUGAGUCCAUGGCCAGGGGUUUAUGACGCCUCCUUCCCCAGAGCAGCAUGCAUGCAGGCCUGUGCAGGACCCAUCAUUGAGGAGUGUCCACAGACAGUAAGCGAGGACUGUCUUCACCUCAACAUCUUUGUACCACUGGAGGUGAACUUCAGCACCCCCCUGCUGAGCUCUCUGCCGGUCCUGGUUUGGAUCCAUGGAGGGGAUUUUAUCGCCGGUUCUGCCUCCAAACCUCUGUAUGACGGACGCUUCAUCAGCAACUUCACCCGCACUGUGGUCGUGAACCUCGAGUACCGACUGGGUGCAUUUGGGUUCCUUGUGUCGGGAAAAGACCCUCAUACCUCUGCGGUGGGGAAUUAUGGGAUCUUGGACCAGCAGGCUGCUCUUCUUUGGAUCCAAAGGAACAUUGCUGUGUUUGGAGGAGAUCCCAGCAAGGUGACGAUAUUUGGUGAGAGUGCAGGAGCUCAGUCGGUGAGUCUUCACCUGAUGAUCCAGAGCAGUAAGCCUCUGUUUAGGCAGGCCGUCCUGCAGAGUCUACCCUUCUCCAUCCCACUGAAGACCCGACAUGAUGCUCUGAAACUGGGGAAGGAGUUUGCUAAACAGACCAACUGCUCUGUAAGCGACAUCGUCUGCCUGCUGUCUCUCACUCCACAAGCCGUCCUCGCUGCCCAGAUGAAAACAAGCUCCAAGCUUGUGAACCCGUUCAGGUUCCUUGAGGUUUUUGAGACAUGGGGACCGUAUAUAGACGGAGAACUGAUCAAAGAGCAGGCCGUGACUGCCUUUCUGAAGGGCCACUGGCAAAAAGAGAAGCCGGUGCUGCUGGGUACAACAUCAGAGGAGGGGGUGAUCUUUGUGUACGGCAUUUUCAACAAGCCCAUCUCUGCAGUGGAGAGCACUGUGUACAUAACGGCCAUCUUUAAACAACAUGCUCUGAAGAUCCUCCACAAGUACCUGCCCCUGUACAAGGAUGCAGAUCGCAGGGGGAUGUUGGCUCAGAUUGUGACCGACUACAUCUUCCUGUGUCCGUCCAGGCGGUCAGCACGUGCAGGUACAGCAGCGGGCAGUGGGGUGUGGAUGUACGUGUUUGACCACGUGGCGUCCGACCAUCGUGUGUGGUCUGGGCUGACUUUCUGCUACCAGCACCCCUGCCAUGGCGCUGAGCUGCCUUUCCUCUUUAACUCAGCCUCAGUGGCUAACUUCACCAUGUCAGCUCCAGAGAAGCUGUUGUCCAAUCGGAUGCUGUGUUACUGGGGUGCCUUCGCCCAUAGCGGUGACCCCUCUUCACGGGCCCAACAGACAAUUUUCUGCCGAGAGCAGCGUCUGCCUGUUUGGCCUCGUUACUCUGACACCAGUGGUUGGCUGGUCAUGAACCUGACGGUGCGUUCACAUGCACAAGUAGGAACCAGGAACCAUAUAUGUGACUUCUGGGACAAACUGGGCAUUUAUUAGUGGUCAGGGCUUUGAGGGAGCCUUGAAAGAUGAAGUCUUUUUUAUAACUAUAAAGUAAAAUUCAAUCACAAAAUCAAUCUUGUUAUGUUCAUCACUAAAGAUACAUUUAGCAGUUGCAACUUGUAUCAGUAUUAAAAUAUCCUCUUUAGAAGUGCUCUCAAGUAGCAAUUAUUUCAAUAUAAGCCUGCUUUUUUUAUAUUAAUGUUGAAAGCAGAAAUCAAUGUGUUCUGAGUUUGUUAUACCACAAAAAAAGGUAUUAUGACCAACAUAAAAGUCUCAUUGUAUUAUCAUAUUUUCUCCCAUUUAUGGAUGUAACUUUCUCCAUGUGUACAAGUUGUAUUACCAAGCAAAACCAAGACUGUUGAGAUGGAAAACCACAGAGCUAAUGCACUCUAGCUUUUAUAACAUUAGGGGAGGGAUUAUCAUCAAUCAUUGUGUCUAAAUCAACCAAAAUGUUCUGAACACAGGAAUGACAAAAAACAUAUACUACACAAACAUAUACUACACACAUACACAUUUUUCACAUGUAUAAUGUGUUCAUUUAGAAAUCUUUGUCAGUAAUUUCUGAUGGUGAGUUGAAUUGAACUGAAACUGCAUCAUUACCUACUCUCCCGUAUCCCAGUGCUCUCGACUGAAGAGGCUGAAUGAUUGCAUACAAAGCCAAAGGACAGAUCCAAGAAUACACACAAACACUCAGGUUUACUGUAGGUGGUGUAGAAAAGGUUGCAAGAGAUGAUAAUUCCUAGACAUGAAAUAUGUGUUGGACAAUUAAAAAUCUAGUGACUUAUACAUGUGCUCCUUUUUCAUUAGUCAGACAUGUGCAGUAUAUUAUGUUUUUUGUGUAGAGAAAGAACACUGAAAGCCCCAAAGGAGAUAAAACUGUGUGUUCAUUCCAUGUGUCAUCUCUGUUUGACAGCAGACCAUUGUACUUCAACACUGAUAUACUUUCCAAUAAAAGACGCUUGAUGGAA